AUUCCAUCAGCCGUCGAGUCGGGGUCAAGGAGCAUCAGCGACGACGAGGGCCAACUCCGUCAUGAAAUCGCGUCCCGCGUGAGCUCGCCAUGGCCGGCUCGCGUUCACAGUCUGUAGGCGUCGAGGCAAGAUGAUAUCCAGGGACGGCGUGUGCCUCUUGCUGGUGGCGCUGACGCUCGCGGCGGAGGCCCAGCGCCCCAGCCCUUCUCGCGCGGCCUCCCGGAGCCCCGGCGAUGUGCGUCGGCUCCUUGGGGCAGGCCGGCAGGUGCGCGCCCUCGGCCGGAGCGCCGACGAGGACGCGCGCCGCAGCGUGCUCCUGACGGAUCCUCGGCCGCAGGUGCUGGCGCAGGUGAUCCGCGAGAUGGGCGGCGGGGACAGGGGUCUCUGCCACGUCCUCAUCUACUACGACCCGGAAACGGCUCCGCCCGAUUCCGUCGACGCCCUCAGGAAGGCCGUCGAUGUGCCCUUGACGCUCGUGGACGUGUCCAAGCUCAGGUUCCCGCUCAUCACCAAGACCCGGCGUCGGGUGCCUCUGCUAGACCUGCUGUCUGCUCGCGCCGACGGCCGCUGCCGCCUGCUGGUGGGCUGGGCGUCCUCUAACUACCAGCGCGGCCUCCUGCUGAUCGCGCGCGCCGAGCCGGGCGUCCUAGGGCUCAGGGACACCCUCAUCCUGCCAGUGACCAGCCAGCGCCUCGACCGCUUCAUGCCGCAGCUGCGGCAGCGAGUGCUGGUGAAGGAGCGGGUCUCGCGCGGCGGCCGCGGGCGACGGGACCUCCAGCCGACCAGGUUCCUGGUGGAGAGGACGUGCGAGAUCUGCGCGCGGUACUCGCUGCAGCGGCUGGGCGAGUGGCACUUCCCCGGCGGCUGGGAGUGGGGCGGCGUCGCGGAGCGCAACCCGAAGCUGACCGGCGUGGAACUGACCGUCGCCUACACGCCCUCGGUACCCAACAUCUUCUGGGUCUCGGGCGAGGGGAGUCCGCGCCUCGAGGGCGUCGAGCUGCGCCUCCUUGACUACGCUGCGCAGGCACUCAACUUUACGUAUCGCCUGGUGAUGCCGGAGGACGGCGAGUGGGGGCGGCCGCUCAACGGGUCGUGGACGGGCAAGGUGGGCGAGGUGGUGCGCGGGGGCGCCGACCUGGCUGUGGGCGGCAUCGUGUACACGCCGGAGCGCGAGGAGGCGGCCAAGUACUCCAUCCUGUUCCACAACGAGCUGUGGGGUAUCGUGUGUCCCCUGUCGGCGCGGCUGCCCGUCUGGCCGUAUAUCAUGUUCCCCUUCAGGGAGGAUUCGGCGCCGUCCGUGUUCACGAUGAUGGUGGUGUUGCACGUGAUGGCUUACUUAGUGGGCACGCUGCUGGGCGCGCAGUCGGGCGCGGCGCCCAAGCAUCCGCUCACCGAGUCCGUGACGCGGGCGGUGCGUACGGGCGUGUCGCUGUACCUGCGCCUCAUGGCCUGCCUCUACUUCUGGAACCUUUUCUACUGCCUCAUGAAGCCCAAGUACGAGCCGCCGGUCGACACCUCGCUGGCGCUGCUGCGCUCGGGCCGCCGCUGGGGCAUCGUCAGCGGCACGACCGUCACCUCCGUCCUGUCGACGGCGCAGCAGGUGGCGCACCAGGACCUGGCCGCUGACGCAGAGCCCCUCGGCUCCAUCAGCGAAGGCUUCCUGCAACUGCGGCAGGACGCCAUCUGCCUGGUGGGCGUGCCCAAGAGGUACGCCCGUGCCACCAUCGCCAUGCGCUACACGACUGAGUGCGGCGAGGCGGGGCUGCAGGUGAGCACAGAGGACCUGCACUCCGUCCUGGGCGGCUGGAUCCUUAGCCGCAGGUCCCCGCUCGCGCCGCACGUCAACGGCAUCAUCCGCCGCCUGCAAGGCUUCGGCCUCCUCGAGCACUGGCGCCGCCACAUGCAGGAGCUGCUUAUCACGCGCGGCCCCAGGGACCUGCCUUGCCUCAACCCGCCCAUCGCCGCGCUCUCGCUGCCCGACCUGCGCCUGGCCUUCAUCAUCCUGCUGGCGGGCUGGGGCCUCGGCUGCCUGCUCUUCCUGGCGGAGCAGAUCGCCUUCGCCUGCAGCGACCACACGGGGAAUCGGCGCGUCGUCCGUCGGGACACGGGCAUCAGCGCCGUCGUGCCCGCGGCGCCCGGCGGGGGCGCUCGGCAGGAUCUCCGCAGGUGGCUGCAGAGGCUGCUGGCGCCGCUCCCCUCGCUCAACGUGGACGACAAAGAGGCGGCAUUCCGGCGCCAUCUAGACGCCAUCCUGCGGGAUAUGUGGGGCGUGAGGUUUCCAUGAGAAAAGGCCCCAGAGGCGAGACCCGCUUGGGCGUCGCCUCUGGGGCAUGACCAGACGGGGCGCGCACGCCGUCGGCGCCCGCGGCCGCUGUCGCAGCCGCCCCUGGGCCGAGUCAAGUCCGAGGAAUUCCGCACGAACGA